CCACAAUCGGUGCUGUAUCCUUGCUCCGAAAGCAACUGUGUGACGAGUUAUAUCAUUCCCUUCGUGCGGGCUGGUCAUGUCAAAACAUUGUUCAACUUUUCAUAAAUAUGGCCGUCGGAAUCCGUGUGGCUCCAGAUCCGGUUAGGAAUUUUCACGGAUAAUCAGUGAAGGUGGAAAAUUUGUUAGUUAAUUACUGGUGUAAAUCGUCGUAAAUGAUACGAAGUGUUGGCGGGUUGUAGUGCGAAGUGAUUUACAGGAAUUAGACACUAUCAUUGACUGUGGAAAGAGGGAGGAUAACUCUACGCCCAGUUUUUUAGAACUACGAUUCAUUUCAGGACAGAGGCACAUCGAAAUGCUGGCGCAACAGCUGCCACCAUCUGUGGAACGGUCACGGAAAACCAUUAACAUCGACACUCUUCAACGAUAAGAGGAUCCACGAGGAAAAAAUAUACCCGUUCACACACUCACGUUUCGUAAUAAACCCAACCGAAAAGUUUCCGGAGUAAAACAUCAAGCCCACUUACGCGCACCGAAAAGGGUACUUACCCCAUCCAUUAACAAGUCAAGACCUCGCUCCCCCCCUUGGUGGGGUGGUGUCGUCUUGCGUCAAGUGCGGUACACGUUUUCACACCCCAACCCGGCGGUAUUAGAGUAUGUACGGCGGUGGGAGCCCCCCAUCGAAACUAACGGGGGGCUCCAUGUCAUCUCGCAGCAAACGCGCCAAAAAGACCUCCUGGGGUGCCCGGGAGAGAGCCGGCAUGAGCUUCCUGAUCGUGAUAGCAUUCUUCGCUAUCUUCGGACUGAUUAUCCUUACAGAGGUGCUGAUGAUUGAUGAUCGAGGACGAGGCGGUGGAGUCAUAGUGCGGCAUGGAAGUAGCGGUGGGCGAUUUGGGGAGUCCGUCCCCGAUUAUGACGACGUUAAGGACGAUUAUUUGGACGACACCGGUAUAUUCGUGCGUGAAACAAAGUAUGGCAACACAGCUAUUAAAAAUAUAAUUAAGAAUCAAAAAGACUCAAAACUGUCUAUUGGUAUGACCGUACAAUUAGAUCCAGCAGAACAGCGAAAUCUUCCGGUGAUACCAUGGGGACAGAUGCUCCCAUCUAAAACGGAGCAAAGCCUUCCACAAUACCCGGCCGACAUGCGCCCAACCGAUGGCUCCUGGGAAAUCGUCAACGGGACGCGUUACAAAUUUUUCGUUUUUUCGGCGUAUUACGACCGGAGAGAUGGAAAAUUGGUGCGGAUUAUUGGGGCCACGAAGACGCGUGGGCCGGAAAAGGUGUGGUGCCGGUUUUGGUAUCCAACUGGUUCAAAUACCACCCGAUAUCGAUCCGCUUCCGUGAUGGCAAGAGUGAAGGUCAUACGAGAAAAUUGGAAUCUGAAGUACAGUGCUUGCUUCAUUCUUUGUCCAAUACGAGGUCCUUUUCCAGAAAUACCGUACGCAGUUAGUGUAGUUAGCAAAAUAAAAUCGCCACCUGGAAACGUACUACUGCUAAGAAACAACGAUAACGAUCCCGAUUUUAACAAUCGUACAUUCAGUAAUAUCCCCAAUAGCAUUGGAGUAUGUGUGAAGCCUUUGCAUUUCAACUAUGACCAGGCCCUCUACAUGUUGGAAUUUCUGGAGCUGAACAGUCUACUAGGAGUGACACACUUCACUUUCUAUAAUCACACGAUUGGACCUAAAGCGAGCUGUAUCCUGCAGCACUAUGUAACUGGAAAUCUCCCACCAUUGAUAACCCCAUUUGCCCCAGUCAGGGAUCGAACGAACACCGGUCCAUCCGUUGAGAGCAACAAUGUUCCCCAAGAGGAGAUGGCUCCUACGAAGCUGAGCGACAAUACAUCGUACCAGAAGCCGAAGAUUACUGUAAAUAUUUUGCCGUGGAAUUUGAGAAUGCGAUCCCAGAAGGAGAUUCGCACGGAAGGGUUGUUUGCAUCGUUGAACGAUUGCCUCUAUCGAAGCAUGUACAGGUACUCUCAUGUUGCACUGAUUGAUUUAGAUGAAUUUAUCAUACCACACCACAACGAUACUUUGAUCGAUCUUAUAAAUUGGCUGUCGAAGCGGAUCAAUAGCAGAAAUACGGGAGCUUAUUCCUUCCAGAAUGCAUUUUUCUAUUUGCAAUUUGCGGACGAUGUUUCUAUGAUGGAUGAUGGAUCGCCCGAGGCAGAUCUUCGAGCAGCUCUUACGACGCAGAGGAAGACAAGACGGCGCUCGAAACUGCACCCACAAAAGCAACGCUCAAAGUACAUUUGUAAACCGGAAGCCGUCAUCGAAGCUGGCAAUCACUUUGUGUGGGAAUUUUGCCCCGGCCGGGGAUCGCUCAAUGUGCCAGCCGAUGCAGCUAUUCUGCAUCACUAUAGGGUAUGUGAGUUUGGUGGCGACGACUGCAUCAAGUCACCAUCAGUGGUGGACCGAACUGCUCAUCGGUACUCCAAACGGCUACUGGACAGGGUUGGCACAGUGUACAACUACCUUAAGGAUACAUGCAACCUUCCGGACAUUCCACAUGCCCCAACGAAGCCUCCACCGACGCGUAAGAAACAGCUCAAAAUCCGAAUCCCGGACCGACCAGCAUCGCUGGCAGCAUCCUCCAAAACUGGCAACACUGUAGAUAGUAUCAAAAUGGACGCUAGUGCUAACAAUAACAGCAGCAGGAGUACAUUCGCUAGCUCUUUAAUCAGAGUGAUUUCGAAUCAACAGGUGUAAUCUGUUCUUUUUUUCUGGGAAAGGGUAUUUUUAUAUUAAAGUAUAUUAUAUUAAUAGAAAGGAAAGUUUUAAGAAAGAAAAAAACUCGCAAAUUCGUAACUGCUUUCAAUGACACUUUAUGAUUGGGUUUACUUACUAUUCUUAUCAGUAGACUAUAGUUUAGGUAAAGCAGAACGAAUAUCAAAAAGCAAGUGACAGCACAAUCUUUUAUUUGUUACUACUAGCAGUUUAAUCGAAUAUCUACCAAACUAUUCCAAGCUUUUAGCCAAGCAGAAGUAAAAUGCAGUUCAAAUUUUUGCUUAAUGGAUAAAUACUGCGGCUAGGUACCAUGCUCUAAGCUCACUACAAGAACAUUUUUAGGAAGGCUUAUCGUCAAACAGCCUACAAAUAUCGCAAAUUAGUUCACUUGUUAUAUGUAACAACGCAAGCACACUUUCAAUUCUUUUUCAAAGUAACGGAAUGAGUGCGAUACAUUUGGAAGGGUACAAGCAAAUGCAUGCGAAUUGUCACAAGCUAAACCAGAUCAAAUAAUAAUCAAAACUUGCAUCUUAACACAAGUAAAGUCAUAGAAAACCGCAUAUCAAAGUAGGUACUUCAUUCCUAGCUCAGAGUUUUAGUUACUUGAUAUAUUGGAAUCCGUAGAAACUUACGUGGCAAACUGGAAAUGGAGGUGAAGUGGAAGAAGCAGGGAUCGUUACUUUAGCUCAAACAAAAUAUUCUAACAGUGAAGUGGACUAUCGAGAUAUGUAUUACGCAGAUAACGCAACACACCGAUAACUAAAUUUAUUAUAACAACCUACCCAAAACACUUAAGUAUAAAUUGAUGCAAUACGAACAUCAAACAUGGUUUGUGAGAAAGCGAGAAAAAAUAAGAUGAAAAGUUUCGAACAGCA